CACACACACACACACACACACACACAAAGCAAACAACAAGCAAGCUUGAACGCGUGGAAGAAGGCUGUGUGAGUCCUUGUUGUUGUCGCUGUUGUUCGUUUGUCUGCCUCUGUCAAGUAAGCAGCAAGCAACGGGAUCCACCAAAGUGCGUCUUCUCUUUGUGCCCUCUUCUUGUGUGAACAACCCCCUGCCCCCACUCGGACGGCUUUGUCAGCAUGGAGGACGACGACCAAACCGUGCCCUCGACCUUCCACAUUGAUAAGGAAUCCGACACGGACGAUUCAGGCGAUGAGCAGCCAGCGUGCCAUGUUUGGGGCCGGCUCUUUUCCGAGCGCACCAACUUCACCAGCAUCGAGUUGAUUGAGGACAAGUACAUGUUUGGCCGCCACGAUUCAUGCCAAGUCCGCUUCACAGACAAGUGCAUCUCCAACGUCCACUGCACCAUCUCUCGCGAGCAUCCGCAGGAAGCAAUGUCACAGUACGAGGACGACGAGAUGCUGACGUUUCUGACCGACCAGAGCGCAAACGGGACAUAUGUGAAUGGGGAGCGGCUUGGCAAAGGCCGCAAGGUUGCCCUCGCCCACGGCGACAAAGUCUCCCUCCUCAACAAGAAGCACACGCCGUCAUAUAUCUUCCACGACUGCACGCAGGAAACGGACGAUCCCCACGCCCGUCUUCGCGAGAAGUACAACAUGAGCAGGCAGCUCGGCAGCGGUGCGUGCGGCGAGGUGUAUCUUGGGGUGGACAAGGCGACGGGCCGCAAAUACGCCAUCAAGAUCAUCAGCAAGCGCAGAUUCAGCCAAUCAACCUCGAUGGGAGCGCCGACAACGGAUCAGCUCAUGGCCGAGGUCGACAUCCUCCUCAGGCUCAAACACCCGAACAUCAUCCACGUGCACGACAUGAUUGAUUCGCAAAACUACCUCUACAUCAUCCUCGAAUUGUACCACCCUGAGACGCGGCGGAAGGUGACGGCAAAGCAGGAGGAAUACCUGCGCAAACGCUCCCGCACCGACACACAAACGUCUGUUCUCAAGCGGCGGGCGGACGUGGUCACGGGCAUGUCGCCGAAACGCCCAAACGCAACACCGGCAGAUGUACCAACAGCAGGGACAGCAGGGACAGGAGUACCAGUGGCAAUGGGCGCUGCAACGAAUGGCAGCGUGACGAGCACGGAGAGCAGCGGGAGUAACGGCAAGCCGGCCAACCUGGCAGCAAAGAGCGCACCUGCGCCAUCCUCGUGACACCCCGGAGCCUGUUCCCCCUGUGUCGAGCGCGUGCCUGGUUGUUGCGCGUGGCUGUUGCCGCUUGCUUGUUUGGUUGUGUUGCUUGCUUGUGUUGCUUGCUGCGCUGGUGCUGUAUGGUGGGUAGCAGACUUGUGAACACACGCGCGUGUGUGUUCGCUGUUCGCUGGUUACAUUUGGUGAUGAGGUGCUGCGCUCUGUUGUUUGUUUGUAUGGUAGAAGGUGUAAACCGCCCAACUUUAUUUGAAGCGACAAGGACA